AUGUGUUUGUAAACACAGCACUUAAUUAAAAUGAAAUCUGUACGUAAAGAUAUGUAAUUUGUGGAAGAUGGUGAAGCUGUUGUAUUACCUGAUUCUGAUAUUAUGUUGGACGACUCGUAUUAAUACAUUUUCAGGAGAGACAUUAACUUAUAGUGAUCCUUUGCUCUGCAAUGAAAAUGAAUAUUUUAACAGCGUCCUGCUGAAGUGCCUGCCCUGCGACAGUAGCAGACACUUAGUACGGGAAGAAAACGGUUUGACUUGCGCAUGCACCGCAAGAGCAAGAAUCGUCCCCUCCGAAUUCGCAGAUUUUCCAAAAUGCGAGUUAUGUGGCGAGAAUGAACUGCCAUCAACAGACCGAACUGCGUGUUUGCCAUGCAGAGACCGCACAUCUAAGGAGAAUAAUGUAACCAACUGUGAACCAUGUUUACCGGGCCAUGUACGAGUGGAGAGGGAACUGAAUGGAAACUAUUCUGACUUGCACUGCGUUAAAUGUGCAAAAGGCACAGUUCCUUCAGUGAGUGGUAAAAAUUGUGUCCCCUGCUCGAACAAACCAUCUGUACUGGGACAGAGGCCUUGCAAUUGUACUGGAAAGAACUGGCACCUUAGUGGUGAUAUGUGCAUUCCAAGUUCGUUGUUUCUCGAUUGGCCAGAGGAAGAAAGUGUGUUCACUGUGCGGUAUGCUUCUGAUAACAAAGUAGUGUCCAGUUAUAUAAAAAUGAACCUACAUAGAGCUGUCUACCUCUGCAAGCUACACAAUGUUUCUUCAUGUCAGAUGUUAGCUAAUAUGUGUGCAAUGCUGCUGUAUGAUAAUAAUUACAAAGGCAGUCCAUGUAAGCUUUUUGAAGAUCGAAAGCUUGAACAUGAGUGGAAGGAUAAUGUUAUGCCAUGGCUGCUUUAUGGAGAGGGUGAUGCACCAGCUGUGCUUUUCAGAAAGAAAAUUUCUGCUGAAUUUAAUCUCCAACCAAAUACAGAAAGAAACACUAUAAAUCUGACUGCAGUACGAUUCACUCCAGAUGGAUGGCUAAAGGAGAUUUCUAAAGCAAAAGGCAACUUUUUGCAGCUGUGUCCUACUGUUUCUGGGGAUACAAGCUCGCUUUUUCAGUUUGGAGCUCGAUAUCACCAUUCUUGCACAAUGCAUGUCAGUGAAAUGGUGGCACACAGAGACACAGAGUUCGUAGAGUUAUAUUUGCAGUAUUGGACUGAGGGUGAAUCUGUGCUCUAUCCUAUCCCUGUGCUAAUUCUUAAUAUGAAAGCAAGAAAUGCUAACAACAAGGCUGCAGAUAGUUCUCAGUGGCUGCUGGUUCGACGAUUUUAUUUUAUUGAUAAAAUAAGUGGCAUUGGUAUAAAUGUACGAGAGAAGUCCCAGCUGUUCAGUGAGGUACCAUCGGUGAUAAGAUAUGUGAAGUUCUGUAAAUUAAGAGUGAAGCUGCAGGGUUCUGAAGGAGGAGGCCGAAUAUAUCCCCCUUUGCUUGUAAUUGACUAUGGGGAAAUAACGGAAGAGGAGAUAAAGAAAGAUAUCAAAGUGUCUGUCUCCUUCAUGAUUGAAUAUGAAAUGGAUAGUAGGUUUGCACAUAGUGUGGAGGUUGCAGUUGGUAUUUUGUCAGCCCUAGCCAUAGUUUGGUCAGGUAUAGAGACUUGGAGUUAUUCUCGCAGAUCAGGACGUGUGGGUAUUGACCUCCUCUCUCUGGUGCAGCUUGCUCUUUUUUCCUGUGGGAAUUUGGCAAAUGUUUUUUUCUUAGUUGCUGCUUCUGCUAGCGUGUAUACAUUUGUAUUUUACAAGGGACAGAGUGUUGUUCAAGUUCUGUUACCAGCUCCAGCUCAUGAAGAUCUUAUUAAAAAUUAUAUGAUCAGUUCCCUUGUGCUGAAGGUUGCUGAAAUAACCCAUUUAAUUGGAAAACAGAUAUCAGUGGAUAUUUUCUUGAUUGACUGGGAGCGUCCAAGAGCCAGAAGUACUGUAUGGCACAGAAACAAAAAGUCUGAUGCAGAAAAUUCAGAGCAGCCAGUUAGUGUGUGGAGGACUUACUUCAUUGCAAAUGAAUGGAAUGAGAUACAGACAAAGAGAAAGACAAGUCUGGUUUUUCAGCUGUCAGUAACAUUACUUUUUCUCAAGGUAAUUGGUCUGGAGAAUUGGGCUCUGAGUAACCCAAACUUGCACUCAAGCAUAUUAGAAUCGACGAUGGGAAAUCCACCAUGUGUUAUGUUUCGAUUUGCUAUAGGAGUGACAGUCUACUUGGUGAUUUAUGUGUUGCAGUGGUUAUUUGCCACAACAAUCUAUGAAAGAUACAUCAAGAAUGCAGUUCAAGAAUUUGUGGAUCUCUGUUCUAUGGCUAACAUAAGUGUCUUCAUUCUUGCUUCAGAGAAUUAUGGCUUCUAUGUGCAUGGAAGGUCACCACAUGGAUUUGCUGAUACAGACAUGUAUUGUAUGAUUAACCACCUGCAACGGGAAGAGGAGGAUCUCUGUAGUCGUCGAGGGUUGCUACCAGGAACAGACCAACAGACUUUUCAAAUGACUGUACCUCCUCAGCUAAGAGCAUAUUACAACAAAGUAAUGUCUACUGUGUCACCUGUAAUACAACCCAACAAACGGUUAUCUGCUGCUGCUGCUGGUCUUCGGACAAAAAUGCCAAUUGGAAACACUGAAAGAAUUCUACAAGCUUAUCAAAAUCUGAACAAAUUUUUAUCAGCAUUUUUAGAUCAUGCUUUGAAAGACUUAGACUAUGAAAUCAGAGACAAAUUGUUUGUGGAGGCCCUGCUGGACAUAGAAUUUGCAGAGAAUUCUGACAAAGGAGUCCUGUAUACUGAUAAUGGACACUCAUUUGACAGACUGUUAUUCAGUGGGUAUGAAUUCACAUUGGCUGGGUUUGAACUCAUAAUAUUCUCCUCCAUGGAUUUAUUGUGCCAAGAUUUUCUGCUGUCUGCAGUUAUUACUAUUUGUAUUGUACAGGUAGUAAUUAUAAUCAGAACUACUGGAGGAAGAAGGAAUUUAACAAGGAAAACAUUGAUAGAUGAUAGGUUUCUUAUCUGAAUAGAUAAUGUCUGAUGUGUGAUACAGAAAACAUGUGUAUUUAAUAUCUGUAUUUCAGUAUUAGUUGUAUAAUAUUUAAGGAAGGAUGCCCUCAUUUAUUUUUGUAAAGAAUGUAACAUAGUAUAUUUGUAUUCCUUUUUGUGUUUAGUAAGA